AUGGGCAACAAGCUGAGCUGCUCGUGCGCGCCCAUCCUGCGCAAGGCGUACCGGUACGAGGACUCGCCGUGGCAAACGUCGAGAAGAAGGGACGGGCACUUGCUGAGGUUAUGGGCAGAGGUUUUUCACGUGUCAGCCAGUGGAGCUGGUACGGUGAAAUGGCAACAGGUGAGCGAGGAUUUGGUACCUGUCAACAUCACUUGCAUCCAAGACUCUCCAGAAUGUGUUUUCCACAUAACGGCCUACAACUCUCAGGUCGACAAAAUUUUGGACGUUCGGCUGGUACAACCUGGUAAGAAACUGAAUCAGACACGAACACUUGAACCAUCGCCGUCGUUCAAGUUCUCGCGCAAGGCCUCCUCCUCCUACUCGCUGAAGCUGGAGCCGCCCGGCAAGCAGAAGGGCAGGCCGCAGGGCAGGCGGAAGCCCGUCAGCACGCCCGCGUCGCCGAGCAGGGCGGCGCGCGGCGAGCCGCAAUGCACCUGCAUGACGUCAGAGCAGUACGCCAGGCUGAAGGCUCAGGAUCCCAGAUACAGGGGGUCAUCGACACUUCCUAGAGCUACAACGAGAACAACCGAUACAGAAGGUAGAACAGAAAAAGUCACAGCCGCAACUUCUUCCACUAGCCUUUACGAUAACGUCGGUGCUACACAGACAGGAACCACACAAGGUGAAUAUACAGAAGGUACAAAAGGAACGCAGAGAGAAGGAAGUCAAACGAAACAGAUGAGAGAUCGAGGGGUACAACCUCACUCUGAUACAAGUACUAUGACUACAUCAAACACAGCUACUGGACCAAAGACUGUUACUGCCUCAGUGGGCACCGAAAAUAAUGUUGGAUCACAAAUAAGCCAAACGGAAUCCCAAUCCCAAACCCAGCUCUCGGAGUCCUCGAAGUCCGAAGGCACCCAAGCUGGAGGUACUCUGGCACCCUCAACCAAGACAUCCUCCACUUCCACUCGACCUCCACUAAGAGACAACCUCCACCACACGCUCACCAACACCAAGUCCAUGGACUAUGCGGAGAUGGACAUGGUAAGAGAUGCGGAAUUGAGGGCAGCUCAUCACCACAACGUCAUCAAUAACAACAUGUCUGGAAGGAGGAGUAAGAGCAAGAGUACCGAGGAUAUGAAUAGGGAGAAUGGAUUGAGUUUGGACAGCAACACCCUGAAAAGAAUGCUCAAGCCAAUGCCGAGUCAGGAGAGUCCGGUGACGUCACCAGAGAUGGGCAGGAGGAGAUACAAUUACUACAAUUCUCACCAUCACCAGAGGCAUCCGAAUAAUAAUGGGAGGCAUUCUGAGCCGGAAUCCGGGCAUCCCCAUCCUAGAUCGGCUAUGGCGCAGAAUUCCAGGUUUUCUGGAUCAAGAGGCUUAUACCUCGAACUGGAAAGGGGCGCUGGCGGGGACUUCUCCCCACCCUCGGACAACGUCAUCUUCGACAACCAGUGCUACGCCACCACUCCCAGCUCUAGCAACGGCAAUUCCGAUCCCGAGCAGACGGCGCACCACUACGGGAGGCAUGCGAGGCACGUGCACCAGCAGAUGCACCAGAAUGCCAAUACCACACCUACCCCAGGCUCACCUACUAGUAGAUUACUUCUGGAAUACGAAAUGCAUCUGAGGAAUACCCUGGCAAAAGGAAUGGAUGCUGAAAGCUAUAGCCUACACACCUUCGAAGCUUUAUUAACACAGAGCAUGGAAAAUCUUGAAUUUGCCGAGAGUUUGCCAGGUUCAACUCAGAGAAGUCCCUAUCCUUCUAGAAGAACUUCCAGAGAUAGAGUAGAUAGAGAUAGAGAUGGGUAUUAUAGCGAUAGAAACGAGCUCAUGAGAGAAAGAGAGCGAGAAAAGGAGAGGGAUAGGGGAUAUCUGAGCGAUCAUAACUCAAGUUUUAGCUCAAAGUGCGCAUCAUGCAUAGGGGAAUCCAGCAGAGCUCAAUGGUUCCGACACUCGGACGGCUGGAGAUCAGGCAGCUCAACAUUCAGCUCAGCUCAGGGACUGCCUCAGGGUCACAAACGAUCGCCUUGGGAUUCUCUGCCUUCGCUCAGGCAAGACAGCAGCAUGAAUGACAGCGGUUACAAGAGCGCCAGAAAUGACAGUUUUGAACAGAGGUGA